UGGGCAGUGGGUGCUGGACGCUGGGCACGGGGGCUGAGCCGCGGAGAGCUGAGAAGAGGACCAGAGUCCAGAGCCCGCUAUGAAUUUUUCGUCAAAUUUCAAACAGACAUUUUCAGUUUCAUCGCGCCCUUUCCUUAUUCCUUAUUAUAAAUGCCUUCUAUUUCUGGAUUAUCGAAUCCGAUCUCUCUCUCUCUCUCUCUCCCUCUCUCUCACUCAUACACUUCAGACAAUUCCAUCAGCCCACCUUUUACGCUCAGACACUCCGUUCGGAACGCUCACUCAACCCCUGCGUCAGUCUUCAGUUUUACACUCUUAAACCUUAGUGGUGAAGGGGUGCGCACUUUUUUCCAGAACGAGAUUUUAUGUGAAAGCACUCAGAUCAGUUGCAGAUAUCGCCAGUGGUUCUACUAGGGUUCUUGAGUUUCCGAACUUAGGGUUUCGCUCCUCUCUUAUUUGGUAAACUGUUUGUUCGCUUCAAUGGCUUCUGAAACCCUAGAAGAUGAAAAACCCCAAGAAGUGCCCACCGAAGAGAAAGCAGCUGCUGCGGAAGCAGACGAAGAGAAAGAAGAUGCUGAAGAAGCAGGCGAAGAGAAAGAAACUUCCGACACAGUGGAGAAGGAUUUGAAUGAAGAAGAGGUUGCGGAAGAAGGGAAGCAGGGUGAGGAGAAAGAAGUACCAAGCGAGAAAGCCAAAGGAACUCGAAAGCGCAGCUCCAAGAAAGGUGGUCGUGGUGGUGGUGGUGCUGCUGCUGGGGAGUCGAAGAAAUCUGGGGAAGAAUCAAUUCCGAAGCAGCCAAGAAAGAGGAGCACGAGCUUUAAAGAACCGGUCACUCCAGUAGACAGACCUACGCGAGAGAGGAAAUCGGUUGAACGAUACUCGGCAUUGUCGACUGAAAAGUCUCCUACGACCAAAGUCUUGUCAAUUGAGAAGGGUCGUGGUACUCAGCUUAAAGAUAUUCCGAACGUGGCUUUCAAGUUGUCGAAGAGAAAACCUGAUGAAAACUUGCAGAUGCUUCACACUAUCCUUUUUGGAAAGAAAGCCAAGGUACACAUCUUGAAGAGAAAUAUAAGCCAAUUUUCUGGCUAUGUGUGGCUUCAGAAUGAGGAAAAACAGCGGACAAAAUUAAAGGAAAAACUUGACAAAUUUGUCAAAGAAAAGUUGUUGGAUUUCUGUGAUGUGCUUGACAUUCCAGUUUCCAAGGCUACUACGAAAAAGGAAGAGCUGUCAGCAAAGUUAUUGGAAUUUUUGGAAUCUCCUCAUACUACUACAGAAGUCUUACUUGCAGACAAGGAACAGUCACAGAAAGGUAAAAAACGAAAGAGGAAGGCCAGUGUUGGUACAAAAGUAACAUCUGGAAGUGGAUCAAACAAGAAAAGGAAACAAAGCCCUGAAGCUACGAAGAAGCAGAAGCAUAAUUCUAAAGUCAAUGAAAAAGUUGAAAGUGAAGAUGAACCUGGUUCUGCUGGCACUAAAGGUGAUUCUGAUGGAGGUGAUGACAGUGAUAGAGUCCAGAAAGAAGAGAGUGAUGAGGGUGCAAGUGAAUCAGAGAAAGAGGAAGACGAAACAAAUGAACAGAUGGAAAGUGCAAAAGGCUCUACUAAGAACAUGAAGGGUUCUGAAGCCAAGACCAAGGCCAAAGCUACACCUGUCAAAAAGAGAACGCCAACAAAAUUUGUAAAAACCCCUGCAAAAGCUACAAAAGGCUCUUCAGCAUCUGCUCUAAAAAAGGGCGAUGCUGCUGAUGAUAGUGUGUCUGCUUCACCUACCAAGUCCAAGGCAUCUGUAACAACAAAACAGAAAGAGGAUAACAAAAGAAAAGCAAAGCAUUCGAGUAUAUCUGUGAAAGGAAAAUCACCAAGCAAAAAACAGCCAAGCAAAUCUGGUGCAAAGGUUUCUACGGAAAAAGGUGAAGGCAAGGCUAGCAAGAAGGCUAAGGCUGAACCGAGCAGAGAAGAAAUGCAUGUUGUAGUGGCUGAUAUUAUGAAAGAAGUGGACUUCAAUACAGCAACCCUGUCAGAUAUUAUCAGGCAAUUGGGAACCCACUUUGGUAUCAAUCUAAUGCAUAGAAAGGCAGAAGUGAAGGGUAUAAUUGAAGAAGUUAUAAACAACAUGACCGAUGAGGAAGACGAGGGGGCAGAUGGUGAGGAUGAUGAUAAUACUGAACAGGCUGAGGGCGAAGCUGGUGACAAGACAGGUGAAGAUGAUGAUGACUAGCUCAAUCAACUGGGUUAAAAAAUCUCAGUGGACCUUUGUAGCACAAUUUGAGGUACUUUGGUCUGUCCUAGCAUCUCUUUGUACCAGCCAGGGUUGUUUUUUCUUCUUUUACUUUCUUUUCUUUUCUUUUUUUUUUGGAGGGGGAGGGGGUUAGAGGUGGUGUUCGUUAUUUAACAUUAGUUUUUCGUAGAUCAUAAUUUGUUAGAUGUGCAUCUUUAGGCAUUUCAUCUGGAUGCUGCUUCGGCUUGUGUGUACAAUAGACAUGUAUUUAUAUUUUUCUUCCAAUACUUAAUCUUGAACUUGUCCUGUAAAA